GUGUGGAAGCCGGAGCCGUGCCAGAUCUGCGUGUGCGACAGCGGCACCGUGAUGUGCGAUGAGGUCAUCUGCGAGGACACCACUGACUGCCCAACCCCGUCAUCCCCCACGACGAGUGCUGCCCCAUCUGCCCCGACGACGGCUUCCAGACCCCACAGGUUGAGGGACCCAAGGGACCACGUGGACCUAAGGGAGACCCGGGCCCUGUAGGUCCCCCUGGUAACGAUGGUAUCCCGGCCAGCCUGGACUGCCCGGACCUCCCGGCCCCCCUGGACCCCCUGCCUCGGUGGAAACUUCUCCCCUCAGAUGUCCGGUGGCUUUGAUGACAAAUCCCCCGCCAUGCCCGUCCCUGGACCCAUGGGCCCAAUGGGACCCCGUGGACCCCCUGGACCUCCUGGCUCUAGCGGACCUCAGGGAUUCACUGGCCCCCCUGGUGAGUCUGGUGAGGCCGGAGCUGCUGGCCCCAUGGGUCCUCGUGGCCCCGCCGGCCCCCCUGGAAAGAACGGAGAGGAUGGUGAAUCUGGCAAACCUGGUCGUGCUGGUGAGCGUGGGCCUUCCGGACCCCAGGGAGCCCGCGGCUUCCCAGGAACCCCUGGACUGCCCGGCGUCAAGGGACACAGAGGAUUCAGCGGUCUGGAUGGCGCUAAGGGAGACAGUGGCCCUGCUGGACCCAAGGGAGAGGCUGGAGCCCCCGGUGAGAACGGAACCCCCGUGCUAUGGGACCUCGCGGUCUUCCUGGUGAGAGAGGCCGUGCUGGUGCUACCGGAGCUGCUGGCGCUCGUGGUAACGAUGGUGCUGCUGGUGCUGCUGGACCUCCUGGUCCCACUGGCCCCGCUGGACCUCCUGGAUUCCCCGGUGGCCCUGGAUCCAAGGGAGACGCCGGACCCCAGGGUGCUCGUGGACCCGAGGGCCCCGCUGGAGCCCGUGGUGAGCCUGGAAACCCCGGACCUGCCGGUGCUGCCGGACCCUCCGGAAACCCCGGUGCUGAUGGAGCCCCCGGAGCUAAAGGUCUUCCUGGCGCUGCUGGAGCUGCUGGAAGCCCCGGUUUCCCCGGACCCCGUGGACCCCCAGGACCCCAGGGUGCUGUCGGUGCCCCUGGAGCCAAGGGAAACACUGGUGACGUCGGUGCCCCCGGAGCCAAGGGAGAGGCAGGUGCAAAGGGAGAGCCUGGUGCCACCGGAGUUCAGGGACCCCCAGGACCUCACGGUGAGGAAGGCAAGAGAGGCGCCAGAGGAGAGCCCGGCUGCAGGAGUUCGUGGAGCUCCAGGAGAGCGUGGCGCCCCUGGCGGUCGCGGUUUCCCUGGUUCUGACGGCCCUGCUGGAGCCAGAGGUGCCACCGGCGAGCGCGGUGCCCCCGGCGCUGUUGGAGCUAAGGGUUCCACUGGUGAGCCUGGCCGCACUGGUGAGCCUGGUCUUCCCGGAGCUAAAGGUAUGACCGGCAGCCCUGGCAGCCCCGGACCCGACGGCAAGAUCGGACCUGCUGGAGCCCCCGGACAAGAUGGCCGCCCCGGACCCCCUGGCCCCGUUGGAGCCAGAGGCCAGCCCGGAGUCAUGGGAUUCCCCGGACCUAAGGGAGCUGCUGGGGUGCCUGGAAAGCCCGGCGAGAGAGGAGUCCUGGGACCCACCGGCCCCACUGGUGCUCCUGGAAAGGAUGGUGAAGUUGGUGCUCAGGGUCCCACUGGACCUCCUGGACCUGCUGGUGAGAGGGGAGAACAGGGACCUGCUGGUGGUCCUGGAUUCCAGGGUCUUCCUGGACCCCAGGGAGCUGUUGGUGAGAGUGGCAAGCCCGGAGAGCAGGGUCUGCCUGGUGAGGCCGGCGCCCCCGGACCCGCUGGAUCCAGAGGCGACCGUGGAUUCCCUGGUGAGCGUGGUGCUCAAGGUCCCGCUGGACCCACCGGCGCCCGUGGAGGCCCCGGACCCGCUGGAAACGAGGGUGCUAAGGGAGACGCUGGAGCCCCCGGAGCUCCCGGAGCUCAGGGUCCUCCUGGACUGCAGGGAAUGCCCGGUGAGCGCGGUGCCGCCGGUCUUCCUGGACUGAGAGGAGACAGAGGUGACCAAGGAGCAAAGGGUGGUGAUGGAGCUCCUGGCAAAGACGGCGUCCGCGGUCUGACCGGACCCAUCGGUCUUCCUGGACCUGCUGGAUCCCCCGGACAAGGGAAGCCUGGCGCUGCCGGACCUGUCGGACCUGCUGGAGCCCGCGGAGCCCCUGGUGAGCGUGGAGAGGCCGGACCACCUGGACCUGCUGGAUUUGCCGGACCCCCUGGUGGUGAUGGCCAGCCUGGUGCUAAGGGAGAGGCUGGAGAUAAUGGUGGAAAGGGAGACGCUGGUCCUCCUGGCCCCGCUGGACCUACUGGUGCUCCUGGACCUCAGGGUCCUCUUGGAAACACUGGCCCCAAGGGAGCUCGUGGACCUGCUGGACCUCCUGGUGCAACUGGUUUCCCUGGUGCUGCUGGCAGAGUCGGACCCCCUGGCCCUGCUGGAAACUCUGGACCCCCCGGACCCUCUGGACCUGCUGGCAAAGAGGGACCCAAAGGAAACCGUGGUGAGACCGGACCUGCUGGUCGCCCUGGUGAGAUUGGAGCUGCCGGAGCCCCCGGACCUUCUGGAGAGAAGGGUAGCCCUGGUGCCGACGGUGCCCCUGGUAGUGCUGGUCUGCCCGGACCUCAGGGUAUUGCUGGAGCACGUGGUAUUGUUGGUCUGCCUGGACAAAGAGGAGAGAGAGGUUUCCCCGGCCUGCCCGGACCUUCCGGAGAGGUUGGCAAAGCUGGACCCGCUGGACCCGGAGGUGAGCGUGGACCACCUGGACCCAUGGGACCCCCCGGUCUUGCCGGAGCCCCCGGUGAGCCUGGACGUGAGGGAAGCCCCGGUAACGAGGGAGCAACCGGUCGUGACGGAGCCGCUGGACCCAAAGGAGACCGUGGAGAGACCGGCGCCGCUGGAGCUCCUGGUGCCCCUGGACCCCCUGGUGCCCCUGGACCCGUUGGACCCGCUGGAAAGACUGGUGACCGUGGAGAGUCUGGACCUGCUGGCCCCGCUGGCCCUGCUGGCCCUGCUGGACCUCGUGGCCCUGCUGGAGUUACUGGAGCUCGUGGAGACAAAGGAGAGACUGGAGAGGCUGGAGAGAGAGGCAUGAAGGGACACAGAGGAUUCACUGGCAUGCAGGGACCUCCUGGACCCGCUGGACCUUCUGGUGAGGCCGGACCUGCUGGUGCCGCCGGACCUGCUGGACCCAGAGGCGCAUCUGGAUCUGCUGGUUCUCCUGGUAAAGAUGGUAUGAGUGGCCUGCCCGGACCCACUGGACCUCCUGGACCUCGUGGACGCUCUGGAGAGAUGGGACCUGCUGGUCCUCCUGGACCUCCCGGACCUCCUGGAGCACCUGGCCCUGGUGGUGGAUUCGACCUUGGCUUCAUCGCCCAGCCCCAGGAGAAGGCCCCCGAUCCCUUCCGCAUGUUCCGCGCUGAUGACGCCAGCGUUCUCCGCGAUCGCGACAUGGAGGUUGACAGCACCCUGAAGAGCCUCAGCCAGCAGAUCGAGCAGAUCCGCAGCCCUGACGGAACCCGCAAGAACCCAGCCAGAACCUGCCGGGACCUUAAGAUGUGCCACCCUGACUGGAAGAGCGGCGAGUACUGGAUUGACCCCGACCAGGGCUGCACUCAGGAUGCCAUCAAGGUCUACUGUAACAUGGAGACCGGAGAGACCUGCGUAUCUCCAGUCCAGAGCCAGGUUGAGAAGAAGAACUGGUACCUCAGCAAGAACAUCAAGGAGAAGAAGCACGUCUGGUUCGGCGAGACCAUGAACGACGGCUUCCAGUUCGAGUACGGUAGUGAGGGCUCUCAGCCAGAGGAUGUCAACAUCCAGAUGACCUUCCUGCGUCUCAUGUCCACUGAGGCAUCCCAGAACAUCACCUACCACUGCAAGAACAGCGUCGCCUACAUGGACGGUGCUGCCGGUAACCUCAAGAAGUCCCUCCUGCUCCAGGGCUUCAACGACAUUGAGAUCAGAGCUGAGGGCAACAGCAAAUUCACCUACAGCGCCCUGGAGGAUGGAUGCACGUCACACACCGGAAAUUGGGGCAAGACAGUCAUCGAUUACAAGACAUCAAAAACAUCUCGCCUGCCCAUCAUUGAUAUCGCUCCUAUGGAUGUUGGUGCUCCAGACCAAGAGUUCGGCCUUGAAGUUGGACCUGUCUGUUUCUUGUAAAAAGAGAAAUCUGGACUUGAAAUUGUUGUUGUGUGUGUGCGUGCGUGUGUGUUUUAUUUUUUCUAGCAGUCAUCUCUCUCUAAAAAAAAGAAAAACAACCCCCCACCAAAACGUUCUUCUAAUGCCAGUUUUCUGAAAAAAUGCGAUUCCUCGCUCCCGAUUCUACAAGUUUCCAUUUGGCCGUUGUUCUGAUGGUCCACUUUGCCUAAAACCUGCACUUCAACAAGAACAAGAUGGCGGUGGUGUGGCAACGCCUGCAUCGUCGUGUUUGGGACCACUACUUUUUCCGUUUCUGACUCUUUGUUUUUUUUUUUUUUUUGUUUUGUUUUUUUUGCCAUCACCAACACCAAGGAUCCUGUAGAGAAGACAUUUUGUUUCACUGGCAACAAGAAAAUAAUAUAUGCCUCUGUAAAGUGUAAAAAAAAAAAUUAACUUCCCCUCUUCAUCCAGCCCAACCAGGCCUCUCUGGAGUUUACAAAAACCGACAGAAACACACAGGUGACUUUGUAUUUUGAUACACCUCUGCGGUGAGAGGAAUGAAAGGACAGUCCCGACAGACAGAACCCAGUUGCUUUGUACCACGUUUCAGGUGUUGAUGAAUAAACGGUGAAACUGA